CAUCCUAUUUUCUAUCCACUCGACCAAACAUAUAUUCUUCGAACUUCAACUUCGAGAUUAGUGAGAAGUGGCUAACGUUGUCGACUAUCACCUGGUACUUUCAACUUUGAGCAUGCCUUUAGUGAUGUCCUAGUCUUACUCAUCUCUUACUCUCUUAUGGCGAUUGCUUCCCCUGUAUCUCUUCUUCAGUUCUCUCAUUUUCUCAUCUCCAACUCUCAGUUAAAGGGCUCCUUCGGCCAUGGAUGGUCAGCAAAAGCCAGAUACUAUUUCAGCGAUAACCCAAACAGUGGGGUGCGACCCAUCAAAGCAACCUCCCAGGGUGCUCCAUUUCCCUUGUACCAGCCUACUCAUGUUGAAGAAUCUUCAUCUGAGUUGGAACCGGCAGACCCCGAUUUCUACAAGAUUGGCUACGUUCGGAACAUGAGAGCUUAUGGUAUUGACUUUAAAGAAGGGCCAAAUGGAUUUGGAGUCUAUGCUUCCAAAGAUGUUGAACCACUUCGCAGAGCCAGGGUAAUAAUGGAAAUCCCAUUGGAACUGAUGUUAACCAUAUCCCAUAAGAUUCCAUGGAUGUUUUUCCCAGAUAUUAUACCAGUUGGUCAUCCUAUAUUUGACAUUAUUAACUCAACCGAUCCAGAGACAGAUUGGGACCUAAGGUUAGCAUGUCUUCUUUUGUAUGCAUUUGAUCGGGAGGAUAACUUUUGGCAGCUGUACAGCGACUUUUUACCUGGGACAGAUGAGUGCACCAGUCUUCUCCUAGCUUCAGAGGAGGAGCUUUUGGAGCUGCAAGAUGCCGUUCUUGCAUCAACUAUAAGAGAGCAGCAACAAAGAGCUUUAGAAUUUUGGGAAAAGAAUUGGCACAAUGGUGUACCCCUCAAAAUUAAACGACUUGCUAGAGAACCUGAGAGAUUCAUUUGGGCAGUAAGCAUUGCACAAUCAAGAUGCAUAAACAUGCAAAUGAGGAUUGGGGCACUGGUUCAAGAUGCAAAUAUGCUAAUACCUUAUGCAGAUAUGCUAAACCAUUCAUUCCAGCCAAAUUGUUUUUUCCAUUGGCGUUUUAAAGAUCGCAUGCUUGAGGUGAUGAUAAAUGCAGGACAACGAAUUAGAAAAGGGGAUGAGAUGACUGUCAAUUACAUGAGCAGACAGAUGAAUAACAAGUUCAUGCAGAGAUAUGGGUUCUCUUCACCUGUGAAUCCAUGGGAUGUGAUCAAAUUCUCUGGCAAUGCACGUAUUCAUUUGGAUUCCUUCUUGUCAGUGUUUAACAUAUCUGGCCUUCCUGAAGAAUAUUAUCACAACACAGCUCGAGUAUCUAAAGCUGGGGACACAUUUGUUGAUGGAGCGAUCCUAGCAGCAGUGAGAACAUUGCCCACUUGGUCUGAUGGGGAUGUGCCUCUUAUCCCAAGUGUGGAGAAGAAGGCUGUGAAGGAAUUGCUAGAUGAAUGCAAACGAAUGCUUGCUGACUUUCCUACAACCUUUAAGCAAGACCAAAAACUUCUAGAUUCUAUUCCAGAAGCUAGUAGGACGCUUGAAGCAGCAAUCAAGUAUAGAUCGCAUAGAAAGUUGUUCAUAGAUAAAGUCAUGCAGGCAUUGGAUAUUUAUCAAGAGGAAAUUUUAUUUUGAUAUAGCUUUCAACAAGACCAAAUAAUCCAAGAACUGUGAUUCUAGUGAUAGAAAAUUUUGUGUGGUCAUUGAUUAGUUAGUCGUAAAAGUCGUUAAAAAAAAGUGUGCCUUGAAAAACUUGGUAAGUAAAAUGUGAUUUGGCCGUAGCAUAAUUAUUAUUAUUAUUUGGUUAAAAAGUAAAUGGAAAGUUUCAAUCUUGUAGGUGAUGUUUGGAUGAGCCUAAUAAAACUAUAUAUUUUUUUUCAUUCA